GAUUCUUCCCAGCAUUCCCGAGCAUUCACUGCCUUAGCAACCGCGGAGUGAGAGCGAGGCGCGGCCGGGUGAGAGGUCAGCGGAGAGACACCGAGCCAGGCAGCAGGCGGCGGCUCGGAGUCACCGGGAGAAGCUGAGGGAUCAUCCUAAAGUGCGUUUAACAUUUUGGAGUCACUAUUGACCUGAAAGUAAUUUUUAUUGAGACGUUCACAAUUACAGAUUUAUAAGAAGACAACGAAGGCUUUAAACGGGUACGAGCGACUGUAACCCCUUCUAGACUUCACCAAAGAUGUCCACCAAAACUACCAGCACCAAUAACAUAGCACAAGCAAGGAGAACUGUCCAGCAACUCCGAGUGGAGGCGUCUAUAGAGAGAAUAAAGAUUUCCAAAGCAUCGGCUGAUCUCAUGCGCUACUGUGACGAACAUGCCAAGAACGACCCUUUGCUUAUGGGCAUUCCAGCAUCAGAAAACCCCUUCAAGGAUAAGAAGCCUUGCAUUAUAUUGUAGUGUCCUCGUCGCUAGCAAACAUCUGUCUCUCUCUUUUCACUUACAACACCAAGCAGAUCCUUGCUAAAAUUAGACUAAGGAUUCUGUAAUCCACUUAAAAAAAAAAAAGGAAAAAAAAAUGUACUUUAAUCUAUACCAAUGAUUUUUUUCUAUUUGUUUUUUUUUUUUUCUUUAAUUUUUUUUUUUUUUUUUUUUAGAUUUCGUAUUCAUGGGAACAGUUUCUUAAAAAACGAAUUGUUAUUACUUAUUAGGGACGUGUUAGGGGUGGUAAAUAUUUUGGUUGGGUUGUAUUUUAUUAUGUUUUUUUUUUUUUUUUAAAUGUGCAGUGUCUACUCGUCUUAGUCGAAGUAUUGCUAGAACUCUAACCAAGACCAACGUUGCCUCCGCUUUCUGCGCAAAUUUUGCGUUGCAGAUCAUGAAUGGUGUAGCGCAACUAAAGGUCCAUUGCCAUGUAGAAUUCGUAGGUCUGAAUCUGCCAUUCCAGGGCCUUGUCCAAUGUCCUCAAUAUGUUCUAAAUUCAGGGUAACGAGUUUUUUUUGUGACGGAAAAGUGUGCUUGUCUUGUAAAGCACCAGCAGCCAUAUUUUUUUUGUUUUUUGUGAGCUGGACCAACCAAAUUUAAUGGUUUGAAUUAA